AUGGCGGAGGAAGAAGAUCCAAAGGAAUAUCGCUGGGAGACUGGAUACGAGAAAACAUGGGAAGCCAUCAAAGAAGACGACGAUGGCCUUAUCGAGGGUUCUGUCUCCGACAUCAUCCAGAAGGCCAAACGCAAGCGGCAAGCAAUGAAACGUGGUUUCAGCAAGCUCGGAAUGAUGCGACAUCUAUACGUGUUGCUCGAUUGUUCCGAGGCUAUGACUGUACCGGAUCUAAAACCAACCCGCUUUAUCUGCUCGCUUAAGCUUCUUGAACUGUUCAUUGAGGAAUUCUUCGAUCAGAACCCAAUCUCCCAGCUUGGUGUUAUUGCAAUGAAAGCUAAGCGCGCGGAAAAGAUCUCCGAACUGGGUGGUAGCUCCCGAAAGCAUAUUAAGGCGGUACAUGCAUUAAACAACGGUGUACAAUUGGUCGGGGAACCAUCGCUUCAAAAUGGCCUGGAAUUGGCACUGAAGACGUUACGCAUGAUUCCGCAACACGCUAGCAGAGAAAUUUUGAUCAUCAUGGGAAGCUUGACCAGCUGCGACCCCAACGACGUUCAUCUGACGAUAGAAAAUCUUAAAACGGAGGGUGUGCGUUGCUCCGUGCUUUCACUGUCAGCUGAAAUUCGAAUCUGUAAGUUCCUUUGCACCGAAACUGGCGGGAUGUUCGGUGCUGUACUAGACGAUGCGCACUACAAAGAUCAACUGCUGCAGCACAUCGAUCCACCGCAGGCCGGCAAUCAACAGGAGUUUUCACUGAUAAAGAUGGGUUUCCCACAUGGCAAAACAGAGUCGGGCAAGGAACCACCGUUGACGAUGUGCAUGUGUCACAUUGACAGUGCAGAUGAACCGGCCAAGCUUACCUCGGGGGGUUACCAUUGCCCUCAGUGCUACAGCAAGUAUUGCGAGUUGCCGGUGGAAUGCUCAGCGUGUGGUCUCACAUUAGCUUCGGCACCACAUCUUGCACGCAGCUACCAUCAUCUGUUCCCUGUGCCGCAUUUUAAUGAACUACCAUUGGAACAGUUACAGGUGCUGGAACCACGAGAUCCUCCGGUAACAAAUUGUUACGCAUGUCAGAAAACUCUCGUUAUUGGUACAGAUAAAAUGGUGUACGAGUGUGGUGCCUGCCAGCAAGUAUUUUGCAUCGAUUGCGAUAUUUUCAUUCAUGAAACUUUGCACUCGUGUGUUGGAUGUACGACGAUUCCGGCUUCUGCUCAAAGCUUACAGGCGCGUAAACCAGUGCCACCACCACACAGUUUAUCCGUCAUUUGA